UGAGCGUACUCACCCUGAGUGAGUGGCACGAGCUUAUUAGUAUGCAGGGAGAGUUGCUUGUAGGACUGAGAUGCGAGGCUGGGGAAGCUGAAGCUCGCGACAGGGUCUUUUUUCCUUUCUGCAAGGAGCAGCAGCCAGUGCAUUUACAGUGCAACAGUCAGCACAGUGCAAAUACCAAUAGGAAUACAACAAAAUCCCACUCACUGAUUUAAUUGUAUUGCGUUCCCUCUGUGCAAAGGAACACCCCUCCCUCCAAGAAUGAGGCCGGAUCGCCUGUGCCACGAAAAGCGGAGGCCGCUUGGAGGGAUACGAUUAUCCUCGUGGUGUUGAGGGGGAGCCCCUUCCUUCCCCGCUCCCGCGGCCUGCAGAUUUCCCUUUCCCGUGGAAGAGGGCGAAUCUUCGCCCGCUGCAAGGCUGUCCCUUUCCUGCCGGGGGCUUCGGUCGUGGAAGCGUCAGCCGCGGCAUGGAUGGCCGGGAGUUCGCACCUCCGCCUCCCCUCCUGGCCGAGCGGGGCCACCGCAACAGCUCCAGCCGCCUGGCUUCCGCCGGGCACAACUCGGUGCAGCACGGAGGACACUUCCAGCCCGGGAAAUACUUCCCCUCGCCUAUCUCCAUGGCUACGCACACAGCAGGAAGUGGGUUGAUGGGAAACUCACCUGCCUCAUCCUUUAUGGGCAGCUUCCUAAGCAGCAGUUUGGGCUCAGCAGCACCUCCGCAUCCUACGGGACCGACAUCAUCCCCAUCUGAACCUGCCUUCCAUGGCCCCCACUCCGGCACCUCUCAGAUUUGGUUCUCACAUUCACAUGAAGCUCCAGGUUACCCGAGGUUCUCUGGGAGCUUAGCAUCCACUUUUCUUCCCAUGAGCCACUUGGAUCACCAUGGAAACAACAAUGUCCUGUAUGGCCAGCAUCGUUUUUAUGAAAGCCAGAAAGAUAAUUUCUACCUGCGGAACCUUCCAGCUCAACCUACACUGCUUUCAACCAAUCACAAUUUCCCCAGCAUUGCCCGGGCAGCCCCUGGACAUCCGAUUGGCUCCUGCAGCCGGGACCGGGAAGCUGGACAUGGGCAGAAGUGCCACAAAGACUAUGAGCGCUGCGCAGUGUCGAAGGAGAAAGGCACCAAGGGUGAGAGCAAGGAGCGAGCAGCUGAAGAGGAGGCCAAGGAGCGGCACAAGCUGGUGAUGCCCAUGACACCAGAAAUCAACUGCAAGGAAGGGACUCUCCAGCGGGGUUCUUGUGACAACCGGCCCAAAUAUUUGCCCUCAUGCCUGCUGAGCUCCAAGGUACUGAAUGGUGACUCGGGCAAAGCGGUCCUCCCCAGUUGUGGCGGAGGCCUUCUACCACGCCAUGCUGUUGCCCAGAGCCGUUGUGCCAAGGACCUUGGCCACCAUGAGCCUCCUCAGUCCUACAGUGAGUGCCUGGAGCGAAGACAAAUGUUGCACCACUCGGUCUCCUACACUGUCCCAUCCAGUCUGCCCACUGGGCCCCCUGCCCUGAGCACGACAACGGGCAGCUUCCCCUGCCUGCAGCUUCAUUCCAGCCCAGAUGGAAUGUGUCCCUUGCAGGACAAGGCCAGCCGGGAGCUACGGAUUAGCGGAGCCACUUUUGUGCCUUCGGUAGGCCACCUGACUGACAAGAGUCGCUCCUUUCAGGUCCCUUCGGAGCCUUGCGAGGGCAAAGAGCGCCCCCACGAGAUGGGCCCGGAGCACCCCGCCACCUAUGGGCACCAUCAUUUCUCUCACUUCAAAGCUGAGGGCAAAGUGGAGCGGAGGCUGGACUGGCCCCAAAAUACCAACGCCCGCCUGAAAGGGCUGGAGUACCUGAAUAGCACUGGUCCUGACAGCCAUUUUGGCAGCUUGCCCCACCAACCUAAGGGCGGGCAUUUUGAGAUGAUACCACCUCAAGACUGCACCCGGCCUAACUCCCAAGAGACGCUGUGCAAACUCAGCCAGUCCUGCUGCACUUUAGACAAGGCCCCUAAGGAGCCGCCAGUUUCCAGCACCCAGAAAGUGGCUCGCAUCCGCCACCAGCAGCAUUUGCAGACCGAAAUGGAGCAGGCAGGCGCUCACGCAGAAUCCAAGCGCAAAUCCAUGGAGCUCGGCUCUCUGGGCUACAGUGGGCCCCACUUGCCACCGUGGCCAGUCCAGGGCCAGGGCCCUCCUUUGUCCAUGGCAGAGGAGAGAAAAGGCUCUUACUUGGACCCGUUUAGCAGCAGCCUCCAACAGGCUGCCCUCAUGACCCAGGGCUCUGUGCUCACACAGGAAAUGCAGACCCCUCCUGACGAAGUGUCAGCCAUGAAAAACCUGCUCAAAUACAGCAACCAAGCACUUAUUGUGGGCCAGAAGGCUCCUUAUGUGGGGCUGGGCAGCCUCAAGGGCAGCUGUGCCCAUCAGGAUGGGGGCAAACAUUUGGGGACCAAAGGACAGCAGGAUCUGGAGCGCUCAGACUGUGCCCGCAGCAGAGACCAUGACCUCAGCCAUGGGGAUGGGGAGGUGCGUCAGCCUCCAGUGGGCAUUGCUGUGGCUGUGGCUCGUCAAAAGGACACCUUAAGUCGGCCAGAGCCAGCCUAUGGAUCUAGCUCCAGUCGGCAGAGCCGGACUGCCAUGGGCCUCAAAGGAGAUACAAGCAUUGGCCUAAGCCGGAAGCCCGAAGAGCCCCCACCAGAGCUGGAGUUGCCGGGUCCUGAAAAGCCACUCAAACCAUCUCACAAAGCAGUUGCCUUAAACGCUCCCCCGAAGGGCCUGUCCCCGGCAGCUGCCUGCUCAGUCAAGCUCUCGUCAUGCUGCCAUCCACCCAAAUGCCCUGGUCCCUGCACUUUACCUGUCUGCCCUGCUGUGGUGCCACGCUCCCCUGCUGUAAGUCCAGUGCCCUCCCAGAAUUCUACGGGUCCUGAAGCUGUGGAUAAGCAGCCUGAAGGGCAGCCAGCCCAGGACUAUCCUAAAUCACUGGAACCAGAUCUCCCUCCUGGUUAUACCUACCCUGUGGCUGGUCUGGGCUAUGCAUCACCAUUUCCCCGGGACCCAGCUGAUCCUGACACUAUGCAAACUGUUUCUACAGCAGCUGAGCCUGAACAGUCACGCACCUUUCCACCAGAGCAGGAGCCACGCUGCAAGGCAGAAGCUAGCCCACCCAGUGGGACUGGGGACUCUGAAGUGGAACCCACCCACGUUCACCCUCCACAUCUCCUUGUCCAUCCCCAGAGACCAAGCUCCACUGAAAUGAUUAAGGAGACCCCAAGUUGCUCCCUGCUGGUCAGGGAUAGCUCAGAUGACUUGGAUUCUACCCAAAAAGAACAUCAGGAGGAGCCGAGCUCAGAUGCUGCCACACCAGGACCUUCCCCUGAAGUGAUAACUACGGAAGAGAGUCCUGUUGCAGCAUUGGAAGUUGACUGUCAGGAAGCCGAGAGUAAUGCUGUCUUACCCGAUGAUCCAUCAACACAGACUGAUGUACAGGUAGCACCAUAUGGCCUGGAUGCCCUUAUUGCUGCCAGCAUCAACUUGGGUGAACUCCCAGACCUGGAAUCCCCAUCUUCUGCAGCUUCCCUUCCUUUGCCCUCUCCGUCCAGCUCAGGGAUUCCUGGCAUUGCCCUGCUCAGUGAGCUGGCUGAACUGGAACACUGUCAGCGGCACUGUGAUUCAGUGCUGGAUGAAGACUUGGCAGCCUUCAAUUUGCAAAGUCUAGCCACCCUUGCUGCUGCCUGGGCCCUUGUGGAAGCCACUGGCUUCGAGAGCAGCCCACCUGACCUCCUCAGCCUGGCAGAUGCCGCACCGUGUGUGAAUCUGCGCCCUCGCAUGCGAGUCUCACGACGGAAAUACAUCUGGACCCCUAAAGCCAAGCCUGUUUGCCCUCUGAAAGCAGCUAUUGAGAAUUUGGACACACAGGAAGUGGAGAUGCGCAUGCGCCUAGCAGAACUGCAGCGACGCUACAAGGAGAAACAGCGGGAAUUGGCCAAACUGCAGAGGCGGCAUGACCAUGAAAUAGAGGUUAGGUCUUUUUACAGGUAUGCUGUAUGUUUGUUGGAGACUGUUUCUAAUCAAAAAAUGCUUAGAUCCUGGGCCUGUAUGCUUCUCCAUGGCUCAUUUGAAAUGAAUUUUCUUUCUCCAACCUGUGUAUUCUUUUCCAUUCAUAGGUCUGUGAAAGCCACCUUAUCUCUACUGUGUUCAGAGUUGAGGGCCGAAGGGGAGCCCAAGAAGAAAAAACGGAAAAUAUCAGAAACGACGUACAGUGGCAUCAAAAGCUCCCAGGAGAAGGUUCGUUGCAAGAAGAGCAGUUCCCAAAGCAAGUUGGCUUCCACAGUAGUACACAAGGCCUCUCAUCUCAAGCAGAAAGUCAAAAGCAAAGUCUUGCCCACGAGCAUCGGUCCCUUCCGACGGAAAGAGCCUAUCCCUUGCACCCGUAUCCAGAAGAAACUUUCUCGAACCAAGAGCUCCAAAGCUGCAUCUCCCAAAUACCCACAGCAGGAUCUCACUCCCUUGGAGGCCAAGCCUAGCCCAGGAAAUGCUGAAGCAGAUGACAAUCACCACAGAGACUAUGAAAGUGACGAUGGUGGCGGCGGCGGGGAUGAUAACUUGACAAGUGACAACAGCUCCCCCAUUCAUGUAACAGUGAACCCUCCUGUAAUUGGCCCUUCUCCUUCCUCCGUGGUGAAAAUGGAGGCCAAUCAGAAAGCAAAGAAGAAGAAGGAGAGGCAAGGCUUGCUAGGGCCCUAUCGAAUCCCCAGUCCCGAAGGCCAAGUGAAAAUAAAGAGGCGGCCAGUGAAGCCAGGCUUAGGGAGGUUGGAAAAGGUGCCGGUGUGCCGAGCGGGAUCUUGUGAGAAUUCUAGCAAGAAAAAACUCAAGAGUAAGGCCAAGGAGUUUCACUGUGGACCUGGAACGUCAAGCACCGCCGAGGGGCUCUUCUCCAGCAUCCAGGCCCGCUCAUUUGCAAAUCGUGACGAUGCAGGAAAACUCAGCAGUGAACGCCUCAAGAAAGCCACACGCAAGAGCAAAGUCCUGCAGUCGGCCCUCAGGAGAAAAAAUGGAGCACUGACCCUCUCUCCUCGCAAUGCCAAGGCCAUCCUCAGCAAGGGCAAGAAGCUGUCUAAGGUUAAGAGCAAGGUGGUCAGCAAGCAGUGCAAAGGCCGGGCAGUCAGUCGACUGAUGGAGAGUUUUGCCAUUGAGGACCAUUUUGAGUUUGAUGACAAUAGCAGCUUCUCUGAAGAGGAGGAGAUGACCCCCACUGGUGCAGAGGAAGAUAUGACCUCCGCCCAGUCUUGUACCAUCCUCAAAGAAGAUCUCCAGGAUGGAUUGCGUGUGCUUAUCCCCAAAGAAGACAGUCUGCUCUACGCUGGCAAUGUGAAGAGUCUGCAGCCACCUGACAUCUACAGCAUUGUCAUUGAGGGAGAGCGAGGGAACAGGCAGAGAAUCUAUUCCCAAGAGCAGCUGUUGCAGGAGGCGGUAAUUUUGAAAACAGAAGAGGAAGUGAUUUCAGUUUGCAAGAAGCCUGCAUUGCUUAUCUAUACAAUUCAUGGGAACAAUAAUGCAGCAUAA